AAUAAACCAUUUUCCAUUACCUCAACAAAAAAAGUAACAUGCUUUCUCACCAUCUCCCUCCAAUGCUUCCUCUCUUGCUCUUCAUCGCCCAUGUCAUCGCCACGGCCACCGCAGAGCCGCCGCUCCGGCCAGGUUACUACUCCGAGAGCUGUCCACAAGCCGAAUCCACGGUUCGGAAAGUGAUCAAACAGGCCAUGAUUAGAGAGCCAAGGAGUGGCGCCUCUGUUAUGCGCUUGCAGUUUCAUGAUUGUUUCGUCAAUGGAUGUGAUGGUUCUUUGUUACUAGAUGAUACACCGGACAUGCUAGGAGAGAAACUCUCUCUUUCGAACAUAAACUCGUUGAGAUCUUAUGAAGUUGUUGAUGAAGUGAAGGAAGCCCUUGAGAGUGUGUGUCCGGGCGUUGUUUCUUGUGCGGAUAUCAUUAUCAUGGCCUCUAGAGAUGCGGUUGCUCUGAGUGGAGGUCCUAACUGGGAGGUGAAACUGGGAAGACUGGAUAGCUUGACAGCAAGCCAAGAAGAUGCAGACAAUAUUAUGCCGAGUCCAAGAGCCAAUUCAAGUUAUCUCAUUGACCUCUUCAGCAAAUAUAACCUCUCUGUCAAAGAUCUUGUAGCGCUUUCUGGGUCUCAUUCGAUUGGUAAAGGCAGGUGUUUUUCUAUUGUCUUUAGGCUAUACAACCAAUCCGGCUCCGGGCGGCCUGACCCAACCAUUGAGCCAAAGUUUCGGAAAAAGUUGGACAAGCUUUGUCCACUAGGUGGAGAUGGGAACGUGACAGGGGACUUGGAUGCUACACCACAGGUGUUUGAUAAUCAGUAUUUUAAGGACUUGGUUAACGGGAGAGGAUUUCUGAAUUCAGACCAAACAUUGUUUACAUUUGAACAAACUAGAGGAUAUGUGAAGCAGUUUAGUGCUGAUCAAGAAGAAUUUUUCAAAGCGUUUGUGGACGGAAUGGUGAGAAUGGGAGAUUUACAGUCUGGAAGACCAGGGGAGAUUAGGAAGAACUGUAGAGUAGCUAAUAGCAGACAACCUGAGUUGAUGUCUGAUGCCUGGAGGAAGAGAAAGUAUAUGUGAUCCCAAUUUUUAAUGCGACUAUAAUUAAAUGAAUGUUUGGCUGUAUACAGAAUGAGAAGUUUUACAAAUGCGUUUCAGGUUUAUGUGUUGCCUCAUGAAAUUAAUGAUUUAAGAUCGAAGUGAUGUUCAUGUUAAUGUCAAAUAUCAGUUGAAAGACUAUUUGUAA